CACCUGCUGCAGACCAGGCUCCUGCUUCAGCGUUUUUCCCCAGCAUGCCUGCCGAGUUUCUUCCACGAGAACCUUCAGCCACGAGCACCAUCACGGGCAUCAUGGGAAAUUUACUUCCAACACACCGCCAGUGUGCAGUUCAAAUUAACAAUAAUUGUACCAGCUACGUCCUGCGUAACCCCAGGGUGUACACUGACAGUGGACACUGUAAUGAAGCUUUAACACCAACAAUCGGACCGUCUUCAGACGGUCACGGUUUGUUCAUGAAGACUCCUUACACGGCCCGAGGAGCUGUUGGCGUCUUCACCUACGAUCUCUACAAUGAGACUACAAAGAGAGAUGAUAACAAGGUCGCUGUCAUGUUCUCCAAUCCUUAUGACUUAAACAUCUACUCUAACUGUUUCGCAGUGGGAAUCAUUGAUGGGAACCAACCCUGUGAUCAGAGUCUGUAUGAAACAAUGUGCUACCACACACUGGAAUGGUUUGUCAGAGCUCAAGCUGGUUCUUAUCUGACUUACAGUAAAGGUGAUGUCACCAUCUCAGCCACCAUGACUGACGCUUACCAGGUGGACUUGACCGUCACCGUCAGCAGCACAGUCUGCUAACAGAAGAAAAUGUGCUUCUUUUACUGUACAGAAGCUGCUGGUGAUGAUACAGGAUGUUUCUGAUCAUUAAACAUGUUCCCAGAGUAUGAUCACAUCAUUCUAUCUACAAUCAGGCAUGGACUUAUUAAAGUGUGCAGUUUUCUGUCUUCUUAAUUAAUAAACAUUGACAUUGUUUUUGUUCUGGUUUUGGUCUCGACCUCCCCAGAAUGACGUCUUCCUCUCAGGCUGCUACAUGCUCCUGAAUCAACUUGUGUUCUGAUAGAUUAUCAACCUGAUCAAUGAUCAAUUAACAUGAACAUGAACUGAUUGUCUGUUGGAUAAUAAACACAUGUAUGGCUGAAA